ACCACCCAACCCCCCAACCCCCGCCGGCUUUUGCGCCGGGGCCCUUCUUUGCCCCCAUGGCGCCAGUUCCAGGCACCGGGUUUUCCCAGCUCUUCCCCGUGGGCGAGAAGGUGGUCUACUGGUCACGGUCCACGGGCAUGUGGGUGCCAGCCACGGUGCUGGGGCACAACUACGUCCAGUCCCCGGGACUGAAGAACCUCUGGAGCUACCAGCUGGACGUGCAGCCACAAGCGCCGCCCUCGCUGGUGGCAAAGGGGGCGGUUGACGUGCCUUAUGCAGGCUACCCGCUGUCCUUCUACGUAGUGCCAGCGACGCCAAAUCCGCAGCCGCGGGCGGCCGUGAGGCCACCACAAAUGAUGUCGGCAACGCCAGCCCAGCCGAUGACGGCUGCAACGCCCCUCGGUGGAGAACUAGCGCUGGCACAUCCAGAGCUGGCGCCAACGAUGUCGGCUGCAACGCUGGCGCCAACGAUGUCGGCUGCAACGCUGGCGCCACCGAUGCCGGCAGCAACGCCAGCCCAGCCGACGGCUCCAGCGCCAGCGCAAACGAUGUCGGCUGCAACGCCAGCCCAGCCGAAGGCUGCGCCGCCAGCGCAAACGAUGUCGGCUGCAACGCCAGCCCAGCCGAUGAGGGCUACAGCGCCAGCUCAGCCGCGGACAGCCGCGACGCCAAAGGCGGCGCCGGCGCCGACGCCGCAGACACCUGCGCCCGCCUGGAUGGCGCGCCACGCCUCCACGCCGAACCUGUGGCCCACGGUGCCACACGUGGCGCAGCGGGCCAUGGUGAAGCCGCCCUGCGAGGACCUCCACGCGACCACUCGCCUGCCGCGGCACUCCACGGAUUCGCUGAACCCCGGCACGCCGAUCACCGCGCGCUCCGCCCGGUCCCUGGGCACGCCCAUCACGGCCCGCUCCCCGCGCACGCCGGUCUCGGCGCGGUCGCCGGCGGGGUCGCCGGUGAUGACCUACCGCCAGGUGCGUCUCUCGCAGACCCCGCAGCAGGACUUCCGCGGGCGCCUCGCCGAAGGCGGGCCCGAGCCCGCCGAGGCGCCGCCGCCCUCGCCGGAGGCGCAGCGCACGCAGUCGCCUGUGAAGCCGAAGGCCCUGCGAGACGUCCCAGAGGAGGACGAGCUCCUUCGCCCGCGCAUGGCCGGGGCCCCGGGUCGCUUUUUCGCCGAGGUGGCGGUGCCCGCGAAGCCCCAGCGCUUCGUGUCGAACCGCGCCACCGUGCCGGUGGCCGGGCCGGCGCCCAAAGACACCAUCUUCCCCAGCAGCUCGCGGCCACGGGCGCGCAUCCAAGUGGUGCCGCCAUCGACACCUCCCCACGCGCACCGCACGGUGCUAGGGCGCGGCCCCGGUCCUUUGCGGGCCGAGUUGCGCGGAACUCUGGGGGCGUUGCUGAGCCCCAAAGACCGAGACCUGAACCGUGAGCUGCGGGAGGUGCCGGCGAUGCCCUUUGCGACGCAGUCCAUGGCAGUGCCCAGCACACGGCCCACGUCUCCGGGCAGGCUGUCGCCGUGCCGCGCUGUACCCACGCCGCAGCACCCGCGGGUCUUCGCGACGACGUUGGCGCCCACGCCGGCCACUCCAGUGCCGGGGCCAUGCCCUGGGCUGGUGGCCGUGCGAGGUUUCGGCGAGCGCGUGGCAACUAGGACUGUGCGGCAAUGGGGCCUCAAUCCAGAGAUGUGGGGCAUCUUCUUGGACCAGCUCUUUGACUUGGAGCAGCACCCCAACUUCGAGCCGGAGCUGAGCACCCGGGAGGUGGUGUCGCGCAUCGUGUGGCCGGAGACGGCCGGCAAGGGCGUAGGCUACGCCUUGCUGCGGAACGCCUCCACGCCCUUGUUGGCGGCGGUGAUGGUGUCCCACGCCUGGGACGACGGCUUCACGGAGCUGCUGGCGGCCUUGUCUGCAUCGCAAGGAGCACUGUGGGUUGCUGCGACUGCCCUCUACCAGUCCGAGGAGAGCAUCGCGCAGAUCCUGAGCAACCCGCUGGAGCUGCUGGGCCAGGUGCUGCGGGGCAGGUCCUUGCUCUGUGUGCUGGGCAAUGUGAACAUCUACGACCGGCUCUGGUGCCUCUUCGAGAUGUCCUGUGCCGUGGAGAUGGGAGCGGAGGUGAACACCACACGCAAGCCCAAGGGCCGCGGCGCCUGGGCCCUGGACGAGGCCUUCCUCACCGCCUGCAGCGAGCCGGUGGACGCCCGCGCCGCCAAGUGCGGGCAACAAAGCGGUGGCGCACAUGAGCAGGCGCUGCGGCGGUUCAUCGAGGGUACUGCCAAAGGCUACAAGGGCGUAGAUUGCGCGGUCGAGACCGCGCGCCUGAAUUCAUUGUCCAAGUUCCGGGACCAGCUGCUGGGGGGCGGCUGGAGCACCACGGGCAUCGGGAAGCAGUACGCCGAUGUCAUGGGCGAUCUUUGCGUGCGAGUCGGCCAGCCAAUGCCGAGGCCGAAGAAUUCGAGCAUGCUGAGCCCCUUCCCGCAGCUGUCGCCGGUGAAUGGCACUCGAGAGCUAACACCGCGGACGGGCUUCAGGCAACACUGGGGCAAGAUCACAUCACUGUGACG